CCAUACCCUCGUCAAGCUCAUAGCCCACCGAUCUAUCUCUCUCGCGUCGCGCUCCCUUCUCGAGUCGUCGUGCACCCACCUCUCUCUCCCCGGACUCUCUGCGGCGGCGGCGGCGGCGGCUCCCCGGCCAUCACCAAGACACACCGGUUUGUGGUAUUUCUGGGUAACAACAGACAAAACUAUGAGGAGGUACAGCCCUCCGCGUCGUAGUCCCCCGAGGAGGGGAUAUGGUGGCAGAGGAAGAAGCCCCCCACCUAGGAGGGGGGGAUAUGGAGGACGGAAGGAACAGGGUUCUGGAAGUCUUUUGGUCCGCAACAUCCCAUUAAGUGUCAGAGUGGAGGAUCUUCGAGUUCCUUUUGAAAGGUUUGGUCCUGUCCGGGAUGUUUACAUUCCAAAGGACUAUUACAGUGGGGAGCCUCGAGGGUUUGCAUUUGUGGAGUUUGUUGACCCUUAUGAUGCCUCUGAGGCCCAGUAUCACAUGAAUCGCCAGGUAUGUUUCGGUCGGGAGAUAACCGUUGUUCUUGCUGCUGAGUCACGAAAAAGGCCAGAGGAAAUGCGCGGCAGAGAUAGAGUCAGGGGGUACUCUGGUCAUGAAGGGCGCCGCUCUUCUUAUUAUGGGCGGUCUCGUUCCCGUUCCCGCUCUCCUCGCUAUCGGGGCCGUCCUCGGUCAGGAUCAUACUCUCCUUGUCCAAGGCGGCGAGAUGACUACUCUGCUUCCCCGAGGAGAAAGGAGGCACAUCGCGCAUCUCCUCCCAGGCGUCAGCCAAAAGAGCAUGAUGAAGAUAAGAAACAGAGAUCCUAUUCUCCUGCCAGUAGAGAUGAUGCUGGCAAUGGUUAUGAGAAGAGGUCGCCCCCACGUGGCAGUGAUGGGUCCCCUCGACACCGGAGGUCUCCUAGGGAGCACUCAGGAUCACCCCCAGGAUCCCGCUCCAGGUCCGCUGACGGGUCUCCUGCCUGCAGCGACUGACCGAUGGAUGCUAUGCACAUGGCUGCAUCUCUAGAGCAUCCAGGUAGGCCAUGUCCGCCUUGUACCAUCUUUGCUGGACCGAACUUACUAAACUUAACCCUUUGGACUGUUGUAUUGCUAGUUUCUAUCGUGCUUUGUAAUGUGUACUUCUACUGUCGCCGUGGUCGGUAUACCUGUCUGCAGCAGUCAUGCUAUGGAUGCUAUUGCUUCGGUGUUGGACGCUUGUAGUCCUGUUGUGAAACCUUGAACUUGUAGCAUAUGUUUGUGUAUCGGGCCUCGGCCCAUUUCAUGCGUGAGCGCCUGAAAGCUUGGGGACCCGUCCCCAUAUGUUCCGGUUUGGAAAA